UACUAGACCCUUGCAAUGAUCGCCAGAGCCCAGAUCUGCGCUCCGUUCAGACAUUCAUUGCCCCCCUGAAAUCAACCUCACAGCACAAAUCUGUGCUCUGCUCUCAUAUCACGUUUAGAACCGGCACCUGGGCACCACACAGCCCUGAAAUCGUCGCCACAGGCCAGAUCUGCGCUGUGUUCGAAUGUUACACCCCCGAAAUCACUGCUGCAGACCCUCUUUUCGGUUUGCGCGCAUCCGCGCUACGAGCAGACGGACGAGCGCAAUGAGCGCGGCGGCAAUGCGUGCUUUUAUUCGAACCGGUGUCAGUCCGAGCGGAGGGGCGGAGCGAGAUGAACUUCACUUUGAAUCAGGGGCCCUGUGAGAUGACCAGCCACAUCAAAUUCAAGCCAUUAAGAGGAGGAAAUUCUGGGAGACUAAGCUCGAUGCUUGUUUUUUGAGUUUCAUUUUCUUACUUGUGGAAUAUACAGCGUAUCAUUCAUCUUUCACAACAGAUCAUUUCUGAAUCAAAAAAAUUCCUUCAUUUAAGAUUAGUCAAUUUUUUCAGAAUCUUUUACAAAUUAUAGUUUAGCUUCUAUCUCUGCCACGACUUUUGCACCGUCUCAAGUUUCAAGGACAAAUUAUGUCAUCUGCAUCCUUCCACGGAAUUCUACGCCCUCUUGUAAUUAGCAUAUUUGUUCUAGGUUGUUUUGUGACUUUAUUUUUUAUGUAUUUCAAACCAUCAAGUAACUGGCUGUCUGGUCCUAUUGAAUCAGCGACAUCAGCUCUUAAAGUGAAGAACCUUUUUACUGUCAAGAAGGAGUUGAAUCAGACCAUUGUACUCAUCUGGCUUUGGCCCUUUGGUCAAACCUACGACUUGAACUCCUGUACUUUGUUCAGCAUAGAGGGGUGUUACUUGACUGCUGACAGAAACUUAUACAACAAGUCAGAUGGGGUCAUUAUUCAUCACAGAGACAUAAGCAGUGAUUUUUCAAAUUUGCCACCAUUGCAGCGUCCAUCUUUUCAAAAAUGGGUGUGGAUGAACCUCGAAUCGCCUUCACAUUCACCAAAAAUUCCCGGAAUCGAGCACUUAUUCAACUUGACUCUGAAUUACAGAAGAGAUGCAGACAUUGAAGUUCCAUAUGGAUCAAUUGUGGCAACCCAGGAGGAUGAGACUUUUGUACUACCGAGCAAGACUAAGUUAGUUUGCUGGAUUGUAAGUAACUGGAACCCGGAACACACUAGGGUGAAGUACUAUAAUGAGCUGUACCAGCACAUUGAAAUACAUACUUACGGCCAAGCCUUUGGGGAAUACAUCAGUGAGAAAGAUUUCUUUCCCACCAUUGCCAGCUGUAAAUUUUAUCUGUCAUUUGAGAAUUCAAUCCACAAAGACUAUAUUACUGAAAAACUCUACAACCCACUAUCUGUGGGCUCAGUGCCAAUUGUUCUUGGACCCUCAAGACAGAACUAUGAGAACUUCGUUCCUGGAAAUGCUUUCAUACAUGUGGAUGAUUUCCUGUCCCCAAAAGAGUUGGCCGAUUACAUUUUGCAUUUGGACAAGAAUGAAGACUUGUACCUCCAAUAUUUUGAAUGGCGGAAGCACUUUAAAGUAAAGAUGUCAUACUUUUGGGCAGAGCACACGUGCCGUGCCUGUGAUUACAUCAGCAAACACAAGGAAUACAAGGCUUGCAAUAACCUGGAUACCUGGUACUGGGGCUAAGACCAUUGAUUUUAAUCAAAACCUUGUGACCUAGUGGAUGGUAGACCAAGAACAAGGUUAACGUUGACAGAAGGAAAUUAAUCAUGACACACUCGUCAAGAUAAACUUUUCAGAGCAAAAUUAUGGGAUAUAACUUUCUUUGCAUUCGGGAAAUAUGGAAAAAAAAAGUUUGAAGAAGUGUGCUACAGAGUUUACUGUGAAAAUAUAAGUGAUAUUCAAUGGUACAUGCACAAAUUCAAUGUCACUGAAUAUUGCUCUGUUCGGAAGGCUUGAGUCUACAUAAGCUGCAAAAAUUUUUAGUGUUUUAAUUUUAUUUUUGUUUUUUGUCUUGCACAGUCUCUGUAUCUCAGAAUGACUACAAGCUCAGAAAUCAUUGUU